UUAGUGUCAAGCGUGACAAUAUGAGGAAUUUGAUAGAUCACUUCCCAAUUAAUAUCACCACUAUUCUGAAACAAGGUACUAAAUUUAUGCUGUGCUGAAGGAUAGACCUGAAUAGUUUCUAUAAGUUUCCAAUGCAAUUUCAAGGUAGUGAUUGAAUCAAGAGGAAGGGUACUCUCUUCAAGUAAGGAGUGUAUCUGAGGAUGAUAUUUCGAGAGUCAGCUGAAGUGUCAUCUUUGGAGUUGAUGAGCUUUUUCCUUGUGAGAGGAAGGGAAGUGAAAAGACCAAGUAUGGUGAUUUAUCCAAAAAAAGGCUUCAGCUGGGAAACUUCACUCAAAAUAGCAUCUCAGCUUUCAAAGACAUGAUGGGAGAGGAAUGCACGUUUCAAGAAUACUUUAAGUCUCAUGGAUUGUCUGCAAGUAAAUUUCCCAUUUACAUCAUGUCAAAAUCAACAGGAGAUAUAGAAAGUUCAACAAGGAAAGAUCCUCCUAGCCCCAUAAUAGUCGCAAGUUCCUUGUUUGGCAAUGAGAAAGGAUCACCAAUAAAGAACGUUUUCAUAGGAUGCAGCAGACGCAAACUGACAGGAGAAUUUGAAUAUCUCCAGAUGGCAAGUAUCCCAAUCCAAAACGUGUCAUGUGACCAAAUGGUUACGAAAUCUCAAGCGCCAUUGUUUGGCUUGGCUUUGAAAGAAGACGAAGGUACCCUUUGCACUGCAGAAAGCACAGAUGCCCAUCGCCUGACGAUUAAUUAUGAAAUGUAUACAGAAUCUUCUUACUCAGAAGUUAUUCUCACAUCAGUUGCAUUUUCAAGGAAAGAUUACUUCAACAUUAAAUGUGUCUCGGAGCCUCAUUUGCAAGACAUUGACGUGGAAGAAUUUAAUCCUUUGGAGCAUGGCUUUACAGUGGUUCACAUUUCAAACAGCCAAACAUGUUUCCUCAACGUGCAUGAACCACCUGAAGUACCAUUUAGCCCAUCUCCUGGCAAGGUUUCACCUGAGGUAAACAAUCACGUUGAAGAGGCAAAGUCUGAUCAUCUUAUUAUUUAUCUGCCUUCGGAAGUGUGGGAGUAUGAUAGUGACUGUCUAAUCCUUGGAGUAGUGGCAUCUUGUCACAUGGCCAUAAGUGCCUUAUAUGUGUGGUACUGCAAUAGAAUACCAUACAAACAGGGAAAUAAACUGUCUUGCAUAGCAAUCAGAGAGCCCAGUCUGUACGCAGUGGAAGUUCAGUAUGGGGAGGAGAGGGAUAUUUCUGAACCUGUCUACACACAUACUUUUUCAGAUGAAAAAAACAUUUCUUUCUUAACUGCAAUGGAUGGGGAACAAAGUGGCACAUCCAACCCAUCUAAAAACGAGUCCUCGCUUCCAGUGGUGGAAAGAGAGAGAUCUCAUUCUCCACUAAGGACGAAAUAGGCAGAGGCCCCUUUGGUGUUGUGUUUAAGAGAGAAUGCGCUGGUACAGUGGAACGUAGAGUUAACAAAGUCACUGGGGACUGGCCAAAUUUGUUUGUUAAAUCGAGGGUUCAUUACAUCGAAAACCUUGAUAU